AUAAACUCUUAUAUUUUCUUUUAGCGUCACCUGUGACUGUAAGAGUUGACCAACUCCUUCAAUGGCUAUAGCCGCCGCCAUUACAGUGCCUCUCACAACCCCAACUCGCCGGUCUUUUUCUUCCCUUUCUGCUAAUCCCAAUCGAUUAUCUUCUCCGUUCACUUUACAAUCGAACAAGCUCAAAUUCGCGGCCAUACAGUGCCCUACUUUCCGGGUUUCUGCGGUAUCAUCAAUGAAUAUCGAAGUUCCGGAGAGUAGUUCUUCGGCUUCUUUCCUUGAUCGUAAAGAAAGCGACUUUGUUCGCUUUGUCAAGUACCAUGGCCUGGGCAACGACUUUAUAUUGGUUGACAAUAGAGAUACAACAGAACCUAAGGUCAGUCCUGAUCAAGCUGUGAAACUGUGUGAUAGAAACUUCGGUAUUGGUGCGGAUGGGGUAAUAUUUGCAAUGCCGGGAGUCAAUGGCACUGAUUAUACCAUGAGAAUCUUCAAUUCAGACGGAAGUGAGCCAGAGAUGUGUGGUAAUGGAAUUCGAUGCCUUGCCAAAUUUAUAGCUGAGCUUGAGAACUUCCAUGGAAAGAAAAGUUUCACCAUACAUACAGGGGCUGGACUUAUAGUUCCUGAAAUCCAAGAUGAUGGAAAGGUUAGGGUUGACAUGGGUGAGCCCAUUCUAAAGGCAGCAGAUGUGCCCACUAAACUACCCCCUAACAGAGAUCAAUCUGUCGUUAAAUCAAGUCUAGAUGUAGAUGGAAGCACAUGGAAUGUAACCUGUGUUAGCAUGGGGAAUCCCCAUUGUGUCACUUUUGGUACAGCACAGAGCCAGGACUUGCAAGUAGAUGAACUAAACUUAGCAGACAUUGGUCCAAAGUUUGAACAUCAUGAGAUGUUUCCUGCUCGCACGAAUACAGGUCCGUUUAAAUCUUAGCAUGAAGAAAGUUAAUAUCUUUAUUGAUGCAGGAGUUGAUCUUCAUGUCAGCUAUAUUUUCUUCAAAAAGUAUUUGAACUGCAGACCAAGAUAUUAGCAUAAUAUUUCAUUUGAAAAUCUCCCUAAUCCAAUAGUAGAUGUGAGAAAGCAGAAUUUGGUUUCACAUUGAUCACAUUGUUCAAGCUUUUUACCAGAGUCAUACACUGAUUCUGAACUUUACCAACCGAGUUCAUCAUAACUCAUUGAUCUGCACUUCCCUUUUCUUUUUCCUUUUGGCGUUGCUAUUAGGUAGAACUUCCUUAGGGCGAUGAAAUGAUAAAGCCUCAACUCCAACUUCUCUUUUUGCCCUCCUUAUGCCAAAAAUUCUUUCCAAAAUGAUGGAUUGUCCUAUUUAUACUGUUGGAAUUUUCCUAGAAAUGAAAUUGAAGUUUGAAAAUCUCUUCAGGAAGCGCUGCAGACAAGGAAACCAUGGCUGUAGCACCUUGCGUAUGUCUGAGUCCAAAAAAUCUGGCCCAUGGUCUAUGCCAUGAGUUUCGAGAAGUUAUAUUUCAUGAAUAUAGUCAUCUCCUGCUCAUUCCAAAAAGUUAAACAUUUCUAUUUAUACCCCUUGGAAUUUCCCUAUAAAGGAAAUGGAAGGUUGAAAAUUCCUAACAUUGAUCUUCCAUAGCCUUCAUAGACCAACAAAUUGAAGUAUGACACCUAAAAAAUAUUGGUUAUAUGCAUGGCGGCUUUUUAAACGAAAAUGCAAUUCAGUAUUUGGAAAUGUACUAAAUGUAGUAGAACUGAUCUACAUUAUAUAAUGUGGCUUUGGAAAGAGAUGGAGAUUGAACGUUAGCCAAAAAAAAGGUUCUGUUUUUAGUUAAUCAGUUCGGUUGUAUGUACUCUAUGUUGACAAUUCGUUCAUUUUUUAUUUACUGGAAUAACAUUUAUUAUGUAAAGUGACUGAGUGCUUGUCAUUUGGCAUUACCAACAGCAGUUUUUUUGUCUGGCAAUAAAGAACUUUAGGUGCA